AAUAUAUACGAAAUGGAGAUUAAAAAUAUAAUUAAAACAGAGAGACAAAGCAAAAUGGGCUAACCCAUUAUUGGUUGUCCUGUGUGAAGCUCCGACUAUUGUUCGCCCGGUGCGGAAAAUAAAAUUUUCUGAGCUACGCGGGUAGAAAAAAAGUGGGCUGGCUUUACUGGGCCACAUACAAAAUUCUGGGAAAAAAUUAUUUUCCGUGUUGAACGGAUGAGAAAAUUAACGAAAUGCACCUUGCUUUAUUAGUAGGUAUAGAUAUAGAUAUUAUCUUAUUUUUAUUUGAUAAAAAAUAGAAAUUCUCUAUAGCAAAUUAGGGUGGCAUGUAAAAUACGCAUAGAGGAUAAAGGAAAAAAGAUCCUAAUCCUAGGGUUAAUCAAUUUUAGCUAGUUGAUGAUGAGAAAAUACGAAUUAAUGGUAAUGGUCUUAGGGCAAUUUAGUUCGGGGAAAUGGGCGUAGGCCUGAAUAGGCUGGGGUAAUAACGGCCCAGGGCCUGGAUGAUCAAUGCGCGAUCAGAUUCGGAUCGGUAAAAACCGCACCAAAAAAAUCAAAAAAGACUCGGAUCGAUCCCUGGGGUUGCAUAAUUUUUUUUAGGGGGUGGGUGCAUAAAUAUGGAGGCACCUAGUUGAUGGACUCGUGGGCUCAGAAGUCGUUGCAACUGAUUGGAAACCUAACCUAAAAAUACGCGCAUCCGAUGCCGCCGUUUCGACGGGACCGCGCCCGUCCCUCGGCGACGCCACCACCGUACACCAACGGGUGGCUGUGGCGGCACCAGCAACGACACCGGACCAGGCGCGCCGGCGCCGAGGGAAAAAAGGCUCUGCCUGGCGUGUCCUCGUCCGCCACCGACAUCGUCCGCUGCGGGGCGACGUGCAGUCACUCGGUAAACGCCGUGGCCACGCACGCCGACGCCAUCUCCCGCUCUCUGCCGCCGCCCGCGCAAUUCCUCCCCCACCUCGCCCUCGGCUUCUUCCACCAGGAAGCCCGCGCCCCUCGCGCCUCCCCCGCGCUGCCGCCGCGCUUCGUCCCGACGGAAGCCGCCUCGCGCCUCCUGGGCCCCCGCCCCCAGCUCGAACACGUCGCCGCCGGGCUGUUCGACCACGCCCGCCCUGUCGCAUCCCGCAACGGCCGUGUUGUCCUGGAGCUCCGGCGCGAGGCGCGCGCCGACGGCCUUACGCUCAGCGUGUGCAACCCCAUGACGGGGGAAAUCUCCAUGCUCCCUCCGCUCUCCGGCGACCACUGCCCCGGGCACUACGUGUGUGCGAUACUCACCGGCGACGACCUAGACGUGCCCGCGCCGUCGGGCUUCUUCCGCGUGCUCCUCGUGUACAACCGCCGUAGCUUCACGGCGCUGCGCUCCUGCACCUCUGCCGACGCCGACGCCGGCGUCGCAUGCCGCUGGGGGCCGGAAGAAAGGAAACCCGGCGGCAAGAUCAGCGCCAACAUGCUGCGCGGUCUUGGCCACGCCGUCGUGGUCGGCGGCGCGGCCUACUGGCCCAUGCACCAUGAGGCGUUCGGCGUGCGGCUCGACGGCCCGCCGUCGGAGCCGAUGGAUAUGUGUCCGGUGCCCUACAGGCAGUCGCACUAUUACGCCGGCGAGCGCCUGCUGGGCACCUCCGCGGACGGGAAGCGCCUGAGCUUCCUCUACGUGGGCUUCCUGGGAUGCACGGACUUCUUCAUCUACAUCGAGACCCAGACGGCUGCCGGCGGGGAGUGGGAGGGGCACGAACAGGCCCGACUCAAACUCAUCAGCCUACCCGAGCUCGGGAUUACCAUGAAAACCGCGUUUAAGCUGCGCUGGUUUGGCGAGAAGAGCGGCACGUUGAUGUUCACCGUUGGAGAAGGAGGAGGGUGCACAAGCCAGGGCGUCUUCAUGUUGAACAUCACGACGGGAUGCCUCGAGAAGCUUGCCGACGGCGUCGAGUGCCACGCGUGGAAAUACUUGUGCGGGUACGAGAUGGACCGCGAGGCGCUCAUUGCGUCGUCCGUAGAUCGGUCCUGACUUCUCGCCAAUAGCUACCUCAGCACAUGCCCAUCAGAACGCUUGUUUUUUUUUUUUUUAAAAAAAUCGGGAAAUAAACUUCUGCCGUGUGUCUCUUGCAUGGGAUCUUGAUUUUGUUUCAUGGAUGUGUGAAAAUUGAAUGAAACAUAUCAAACAUGCAUGAUAGGAUAGUUUCCAAGUUUCAUAUUCCAUAAUUUAGACUUUCCUAAUAAUAUGUAUAUUUUUUUUGAGAUAUACAAAAUAUGUAUAACAAAACUAGUAGAACGUUCGUGCGUUUCUAUGGGCUAUAAUGCAUAUAUAUAAAUAAAUCAAAUAAAUGAUUAAGGUUGUCUUCAAGGUCCAAGCUCAUCCCCUUCAUAUGUUCAGACGUGUUUGGACAUUAAACAGACGCCUAGUAGGUUCCCCGAAAUUCAACCAUCUUGACAGUCUGGGCUGCCCAAUUCUAGACCAUAUAUGGGGGAGAAAUGUGGUUAUUAGGACAAUGCGACAUGUUAUGUCCAACAAGUGGGCCCAAGACAAAAACUCCUCCACCCCACGACAAAUCCUUCCCUUUUUCUAUCGGACCCUUGCAUUCCCGCUCGGUUUCUCGCUGUAUUGGGACAUUUCUUGCUGGACCUCUCUCUCCUAUAAAACUGGAUGACCCCCACUUCACCUUCAUCGUGCGUCGCAAACAGGGACACAUCUUUCAUAUUUAGAAUAUAACUUGAGACUCACUGAUCUAAACUCAUACGGACAAGGCUAAAAAAGUAACACAAAAGUUUAUAUGGGAGUGACAUUUCGAUGACCGCGUCGAGGUGAUGCCACAGUAUGCAACAUCCGGUUCAUAUCUGUGGCUGGUAUGGAGCAUGGUGCAUGCGUCCAAUGAUAACAAUCGAACCAAGAACAAAGUCUAGGAAGUUGACAACAUCUACAUUAUUCUAGUAAUUGGAAAAUCUCUUACUGACCGUGACAUAGUCUUGCGACGGUUGGUAUAGAUUGAACGUUAAAAUUCAUCAUUUAGGAAGCACGAUUCAAGUUCUGCUUCAUCUGAAUGGAUUAUGAUUUUUGAUGCGAUUUUGAUGGUGUGUUGGUUCGGCCAAAGGAACUCCGAUGCAUUAUUUAGAAUAUAACUAGCAAAAAUGCCUGUGCGUUGCAACGGGAUAAAAUUUUAUGGUCUUCCCUAGCAUGGCUUAAAAUACAAAUAUUAUUUAAUUUAUGAUCCACAUAAAUUAUUCCAAGACGACGAAGAAUUGUGCUUUCAACCAUACCGUUUUUGCAAAACUGUUAGCAAAUAUAUGCAGUUUGGUUUGCAGCUUUCCGAGUUUCAUUCUCACCUCCAUUGUUUUAGAUGCAGUACACCCAUGAUGGUGUAUUAGUUGUCCAUGGGGAGGAGGCCAGAGGAGUAGUGGAGGAGUAAUGUUAACGACCAGCAUUCAGUUUAUGGUGACGGUGAUAGAGCUUCGUAGACCGGGCUAACUUGAGACUCACUGAUCUAAACUCAUACGGACAAGGCUAAAAAAGUAACACAAAAGUUUACAUGGGAGUGACAUUUCGAUGACCGCGUCGAGGUGAUGCCACAGUAUGCAACAUCCGGUUCAUAUCUGUGGCUGGUAUGGAGCAUGGUGCAUGCGUCCAAUGAUAACAAUCGAACCAAGAACAAAGUCUAGGAAGUUGACAACAUCUACAUUAUUCUAGUAAUUGGAAAAUCUCUUACUGACCGUGACAUAGUCUUGCGACGGUUGGUAUAGAUUG